AUGAAGCAUGCUGCAGCUGGUGACCUGGUUCCCACUCGUGUUCCCUGCUCCACACUGCAACCAGCCAAAGGGUGGUUCCUGUCACAGUCCGUCCUGGAGCUCAUGACAUGCUGUGACCACACCUGCCCCUGGCAGGACCUCAUCGUGAUCCCUCAGAGCUUCCAGGAGUACCCCUAUUAUGAGACAGUUGGUGUAGGGAGGAGGGGGUGGAGGCAGCAUAUGCAGUGCAAGCAGCAGAUUUAUGGUGCAGACAGGCGGUUUUCCAUCAGUGGCCACUUCCUGAUGAGCUCUCGCUUCUCUGCCACCAUCAGGAUCCCCACAGGCUGCAUGGGUGUGCUGGUGUUUGGACACAUCCUCACCACUGCCUACUGCCUUCACCAUGGCAAAGUCUACGUGAAGGGGGUCAAGAAGAUCCAAGUGAGUUUCCUGAUGCUGGCGCAGGGUGCUGGCAAUGGGAUGGGGAGGCUGGUGAUGCACGUGGGCCCAUCCUUGGUCAGUGUGGGCUAUGACUACACCCUUUUGAGGCUGCACAGGCCAUGCUGGUGCCUGCACAUGAAGCUGAUGGCAGCUCUGGCAGCAGAGAAGAUGGCUGGGAAGAGGAGUGAUUUCUCAGGGUUUGACAGUGACCUGCUGGGUGAAGUGUCUGCCUCUUGUGUGGAGGGAGGACGAGGUGGUCCUUCUCACCUACUGUGA